UUGAACCGUAUAGAACCGGCCGGUUGUUGGCUAAGACACGGUGGCGUCGAGAAAAUGGUUGGCUGGCGACUAGGUGCAAUUCAGCAAUUUCUAGGAUCGGUAGAGCCCAAAGAGCUUGGAAGCACGAGGCGCCAAACGAAUCUGUCGAGACCUCUUCAGCUUUUGGCGUCGGUGGGGAUGCACUUCAAGGAAAACUAUGUUGCCGUAACUGGGGGCGAAGGGGGCGUUUGCCCCCCAUGGGGUGGCUCCAAGCACGCCGACAUAGGGGAGCCUCGCGAGCGGGGAGAACCUCGACCCGACAACUUCCAGAAAUCCACUAGGGAUGACCGACCUGCCUCCCCCGAAAGCGAGAGAGGGGAGUUCAGCGCAGAUGGAAUGAUAGAGGGCGAGCUCGGUGUCCCGCGUAAGUCAUCUAGUGUUGUAGGAGUAGAGGGUGACGAUUGGAUGGAGACCGAGGAACAAAAUGAAUGA